AUGUCACCCGCUUUCAGCAAUCGUAUUAUGUCCACUAGCGAAUCGGCUAUAGAUGCCCUAGCAGCGUUGGGAGUACCUCUAUCACUGCGCAGUGGUCUUUCAGGCCUUGACGAGGUUCUGAAGAGUCAUUUGCAUUAUGGGAAAGUGUCACAGAUUGUUGGCGAAUCUGGCGUUGGAAAAACACAGGCGAGCCCAUUUCUGUUUCUCUUGGUGUCUGGACUCUUGUAUUUUGAUAAUCUGACUAUCGCAGUGCAGUUGUCACCCGCUUUCAGCAAUCGUAUUAUGUCCACUAGCGAAUCGGCCAUAGAUGCCCUGGUAGCGUUGGAAGUACCUCUAUCACUGCGCAGUGGUCUUUCAGGCCUUGACGAGUUAUGUUACGCUCUUGUCGCACAUUUUCUUCGCCAUACAACGUUCGGUGUAGCAUGGCUGGAUUCGAAUGGAUCGUUUCGAGCUCAUCGGUUGCGCGACUUUAUACAGGAUUUGGAAAACUCGAACGAUGAUGCUGUUGUUAGUUUUAAAACGAUUUGUAAGUAGUU